GUUUCAAGCUUUGGAAGUACAACAUCAGAGACAUUUCAUCGGAAAAGAAAAUGCGUUGUUUGGAAAUAUUUCUAUUUGCAACUCUCUGUUCGGGCACUUUGGCACAAGUCUUAGAUGUCCAGCCCAUCAAUAAUAUACCAACCACCGGUCAUUUGGGCUGUCAUCAGAAAAUGUUAACGUACCGUGUAACACAAGCAGACUCCAAGGGCCGUGAAUGCUGGGAUUACGUCAGUGUGGCGGCCUGUUGGGGCCAUUGUGACUCUAGUGAAAUUUCCGAUUGGAAAUUCCCCUACAAACGUUCGUUUCAUCCUGUCUGUGUUCAUGCCACACGUCAACCAGCUGUGGCCGUUUUACGAAAUUGCCACCCAGAAGCUGAUGAGUUUGCUCGUCGCUAUGAAUACUUGGAGGCUGUUUCGUGCCACUGUCACACCUGCUCUACGAUGGACACCAGUUGCGAAGCUCCCGCCAAUAAUAUUCUAGAUGUAAAGGCGGGAGUAAAAGUUUUAGCCCUUACAGGUCUGGACUCAGAAAGUUUGGAUUAUUAGACAUGAAACUCGAAAUUGUUAAUUCGAUAAAAAAUAAUUAUAAUUAUAAAACUUAUAGUGUGAAAGGGUUCGGUAGACAGACUUUUAACUUGAAGAUUUUCAUACACAUGCCUUAAAAGUAUUUUGGUUAUUAUUUAUACAGCGAAAA